CUAUUUGAGUUGUUAUUGUUUGUUGUACAUAUAGUGCACUUCUAUUGUUCCAAGAUAAGGUUGUUUUGAUUUUGUUUGUUUACGAUAUUUUGAUAAAAUACUAUUAUGUAUAAGGAAUACGUUUCUUAACUCGCGCACGUGCAGUAUAUUGAUAAGUGAUAAAAUAACAAUUUGAAUUUCUGAAUGCACACAUUCAUGCAUACAAUUUCACAUAAUGUCCGCCAAUAAAUCAUACACAUACAACUCCCAAGAACCAAUAGCCCAAACAAAUACGGAUGGAGUGCAUUUGCAAUUUGAAACAUCCAUCAACCAAAACGGAAAUAACCACACUGGAUCCCACAUUUUUAGAAGCAAUUCAAAGCACCAUUGAUGCAGCUGUAUCCAAAUCUAUGGGAAGAAUCGUCGAGGAGGUAAGAAGCUUGCGGCGAGAUAUCGCAGAGUUGAGGAAUAGCAGAGACAAUGUUCCAUCAAAAAAGAUUAUGCCAGCGGAACCUUUAAACACAGUGGAGCAAUUUAUGGAAUUGGAGAGUUUACUCCAGAAGGAUGAAGAAUAUGCUAAAUUUAAAUCGGAACUUAUGCAAAAUAUUAAAUACACAGGAGCGAAAUUCGUCAGAAGAGCUUGGCGCUCAUUGGUAUCCGAUGAAUGUGCUCAACAUUUUGCUUGGAGUGGAACGUCAGACAAAAAACCUGUCCGCGUCUUAAAAGUAUCUAUGGCUAUCCGCCAUCCAGCUACUUAAUAAUAAAACUUAAUAAACUUUAUAUGUGUACUUAUAUACUUAUAUAUUAUAUUAACUUAAAUUUCAGAUGUCUUCUUACAUGAAGUGAAGGGCAAUGACACUGAAUAUAUAAGUGGCACCAAGACGAUUUUUCAGUUUGCCAAAAAUAGACAAAAA